GCUGCAUGUGAUAAACAGCAAAUUGUACAGCCAAUCAGAUCAUCUGUAGCAUUUUCAUUGGAGGGACUUCUACAGCUUGUCAACUGAUGUAACACUUGACUAAUUUCAUUUAUCAGUAAUUCAUAUAUUAUGACACUGACACUCAAAAUGUUGUCUGUUAUACUUCUUACCACAUAGGCUCAUUGUACCAAGAGUUUUUGGAUCAACUGUUGACUGUGUUAUCAAGUAAUCCUUCAUCAGAGGAGACAGUGGAUAGUUCCCUGCAGGAUAAAAAAGAUGGAACAAGCCUUAUAGACAUCAUAGCUGAUUCUGACCAAGUAGUGUCGGUUAUAGAUGACACUGGUGACCAUGUCUUAAAGCUCUCAUUCAUGGACUCAUCUCCAAAUAGCCAGAACUCACAAAGAAGUGCUGUUGCUGGAAAACUUGAAAAGAUCUGUUCAGGGGUUUUUAAUUUGCUCAAACCAGUGGAGUUAUUGCUGACCGAGUGCCUUACACCUCUCAUUGAAGACUCCUGCACACGGGCAAGCUGUUCCAUUAUUGAACUUAUGAAAACAGACUUUUGUCUUCUGGAUCAUUUAGCAGCAAUGAGGGUUGGUGAAUUAGAAACACUUAUCCUAUUAAUCGAAGGCUUUCAUGCUUUAACUCUUAUCGUGUUGAAAUUAAAAGGUUUUAU